AUGCUGAUCAUCACUUCAAAUAAAUUGGUUGCUUCGCAAGUACACGAAAUGCCGUUUCUCUUUACGUUUCUGAUAAUGCUUGGAAAAGUUUUCGGUAACGAAGUGCCUUUUUUGUUCACCAAUAAAAUUUGUGCCACUGAUGAUUGUAAACAAAUCGGAUAUGAUAUAUAUUCUUCAAUUAAUAUUUCAAGUGAUCCAUGUAAGAAUUUUUACGAGUUUUCCUGUGGAAACUGGAUUUCGCUUAACAAAAAACCAAAUUUUGAGCCCAUGUGGAACCAUCAUUUGAGCACAGGAUACAAAAUUAAUAAACGAAUUCAAUUAAUUUUACGUGAAUCUGAUAAAGUAGACAGAAGUUCUGCUUUAGGCAAAACUGUAUCUUUUUAUAAAACUUGCUGCGAAGUUGACAAGGAAAAAGAUGAUCAGUAUUUAGAAAAUCUACGUAAACUUGCAGAAAAAUUCACUGGAUUUUCUAACACCAAUAAAAGAGUAUCCAACGGAAGAAUUUUAUUGGAAAUAGCUAAAAUAUCUAAGUCGUUAAAAAUCCAUCCAAUUUUGAAGAUGUCGGUGAAUUUAGACUACAAAAAUACGUCGCACAAUGCGAUUUAUAUUGAGCCUGGAACUUUAGUUUACCCGAUUCACAUUUUAGUUAAUUCUGCUAGUUACGCAUUGGAAAUGAACGCUUACCGACGAUGGAUGUUUGAAACUUUCGCUCAUUUAUAUAGACAUGGUUCUAAGUCCAAUAUAAAAGUGUCCAGAAUUAUAGAGUUUGAAAUUAAAUUAGCAAAAAUCAUGAGGAGAGCCAAACUGGAACGAAGCACAAUGAGAGAAGUUUCUAAUAAGUUAAACACGAAUUUUUCUAUGCCCUUUAAUUUUUUAUACCACAAUGAAAAUAAUUCUUUGAGUGACAAUCAAGUGGUGGUAGUUAAGAAUUUUCAUUACUUAAAAAGUUUAUUGGUUUUAUUAAAGAGAACUGACUUAACUGUGAUUGAUAAUUAUUUGCUAUGGACCAUCGUAAAAGAUUUAUCGAGAGAAACCACGAAAUACAUGCGGAAUUUAAAUUUUGUCGUAGAUCAAGUCGUGUUGGGAGUUGAAUCUGACUUAUCUAGAAAAACCGAGUGCAUAAAUAAGAUAAAAGAAUAUUUUGGACGAGCGAUUGUAUCAAAGUAUGUCGAAAAAUAUUUCAAUGAUGACACCAUGGAAAAUGUUAAAAAGAUGAUAAAACAUAUAAAAAUCGAAUUCAUGAAGCUAGUGGCUGAUAAUGUUUGGUUGUCUGAAGAAACAAAACUUUUGGCUGUCGAAAAGAUAAAUUCUAUUCGGGAAUAUAUAGGGUUUCCUCAAGAAUUUGCUGAGAAGGAAUUAGUUGAAAAGUAUUUUAUUGACUUCAAUAUAACGGACGAUCAUUUCGCAAAUACGGUUAAUAUAAAGGAAAUCUUGGCGAAGAAGCAUUACUCAAAUUUAAAUAAAAUCGCAGACGUUCAAUGGCCGUCUCAUAUUUUUGAAGUAAAUGCUUUUUACAGUAUUUUACAAAAUAUUGUUUUUAUUCCCUUAGGACUGUUAGAACCUCCCUUUUUUUACAAAAAAGGCCCCAGUUAUCUUAAUUAUGGAGCUCUAGGAAGCCUCAUAGGACAUGAAAUAUCACAUUCUUUAGAUUCGACAGGUCGACAUGCCAAUAAAGACGGGAUAAUUUCGAAGUGGUGGCCCGAAAGUGACAUUCAAAAAUUCCAAUUAAACACACGUUGUUUUAUAAACCAGUACAACAGCUACAACAUGAAUGGUUUCGUAACAGUUGGCGAAAACAUUGCCGAUAAUGUUGGUCUUCAAAUAGCACUGAAUGCUUAUAAUAAUAUUAAGAAUGAAAAAUUUGAAAUGUUGCCGUUUAUGGAAACUUUUUCAAAUAAACAAAUGUUUUUUAUAAGCUUUGCUCAGAUGUGGUGUGAGAUUUCGAAUAGGGUAGACGCAUUUUAUGAAGAGCAUUCUUCUGUUAUGGCAAGGGUUAAUGGCACCAUAACAAAUAGUAAAACUUUCAAAUAUGAUUUUAAUUGUGUUCAUAGAAAUAAUCAGUGUUUGUUGUGGUGAAUAA